AUGAUAGGAAACCCGUCGGCGGUUGGAUCAGAGGUUUUCUCUCUGAUCGCAUUGCUCAUCAUCUCACUCGGAGUCCUCCUUCUCUUGCGCCAUUACCUGCCUCUGCGCACCACGCCGGCAUACCUCACCGUGCCGAUAUUCUUUGCACUCGGGAUACCUGCGAGUAUUAUACUACUUGUUCCAAUAGAUCUUGCGUCUAGCUCCCGAGGCGAUGAUGCUAGUAGAGGAAUCUGGCUACCGGAUCGAGUGUUGUUGGUAGCAUGGCGCAUUAGCUACUGGCUUACUUUUGGCCUUACUUGGUUUAUCCUUCCUAUCCUUGAAGAAUAUGCCGAUGCUGGGUACCGAGAUCCGAAAGGGAGGCUGUUGUACUCUUUGCGCGCGAACGCCAAGUACCAGGGAGCCUUGUUUGGGACUGGUUUAUUGGGGAUGAUAUACUUCUUCAUAUCAGCGGGCGUAAAACCAGCCUCGUUGAAAGGCUUGGUGAUGGCUUUAGGAUACUGUUGGGGUUUGAUACUGGGCAUUUAUUUGAUGGGUCAUGGACUUGUCGCAAUACCAAGACGACUAUUCAGGAACGCCAGUAUCAGUGGAAGGUUAAAGCGCAUCCAAACUGAGGCGGCAAAAGUACAUGAAAAGAUGGAAGAUGCCAUUCAAAACCUUGAGGACCUUGAAGCCCAAGUUGCACAGUUGUCGCAAAGGAACACCGGGUCUGCGAAGGAGUUCAAGGAUUGGAUAGAGGAACUGGCAGACGAAUCACACCUGCCAGAAUCUCGUCCUCGUACUUUAUCACGGCGCCUGUCAGCUCCACAAGUAAAUGUUCCAAAUGUCAUCACUGAGCGAUAUCUAGCGGAUCUGAGCAGGCAGUUGGAUAGGGCUCGCCACACACGAGCGAGAUACCUGGAUGAAUGGGAUCGUAUAUUACAAGAUUCCGUGGAUACUCAAGCUAUUUUGGACUCUGCUGGAUCGAAACGUAUUGAGAUUGGGGAAGCAUCACCCAAUGCCCCGAUACUUGGCCGUUUUUCUGUCCUUACCCCUUUUACUCGAUACCUCUACAGGUAUCACUUUAUCCCGUACCUUAGGAUUUUUUUUGGCUGUUUCUUCUCACUCGCCUCGUUCUGCAUCAUCUGGUCUGAGGUUACCAAACCCAUCAACCAAUACUUCUCCAUAAUCUCCGUCACGGUUGUUCACCAUGCCGAGGGACAGCAAGGGCGAAUCGGAUUCGCUGGACAGGUCAUUGCAGCGUGCUGGAUAUUUUACAUGUGCGCAGCAGCUCUCAUAUCUCUUACAGAGGUCAAAGUUUGGAGGGGCAGAGCACUUGUGAGAAGGAACACCCAUGGCGAAAGUGCCAUGUGGUAUGCCAUGCAAGUGGCCAAGCUUACAGUGCCUCUUUCAUUCAAUUUCUUGACAUUUAUAUCACCGGAAAGCCUGUAUAAGGAGACCACUUUCUUCAACUUCCUUGGGCAGUACAUAACCUUGACGCCCCUCGGAACUUGGUUCGACUGGCUAUUCCCAAUCUUUAUUUUGGUUCCUGUCUGUGCCACGCUUUUCAAUCUUUAUGGCAAGGUCGCAAGCUGUGCUGGGUAUGGCAACGUGAUUGAAGAUGACGAUGAGGAUAAUGAGAGCGGGUAUGGUACCGGGUCAUGGCGUGAGGGUAGAGACUUGAUAGAACGAGAACUACAAGGCGCCUCCUCACUGGGCCGACUCGGACACACUGCUACAGAUCGACGUUCUCACGUUCCAAACAACCCAAAUAAUCGGACUGCGCCAACAUUAACAGUUCCGCCAGCAGAGAGACAUCGAGCUCUGGGCCAAGCAUCAACAUCGAGGCCUAGCGCAGACCCCCAACAACACGCCUCCACAGCACCAGAAGAUGAGAACUUUUUCGAAGCAUUUGGCCACCGGGUGCGAAAUACUGUCGAUACAUUUGAAUCUCCGAAAUGGAUGCAAAAUAUGAAACGACCGAAAUGGAUGGGAGGGGACGAUGAUGAUGUUGGUGAUGAUGGUGCAGGCCCAAGUCGUAGUGGGAGCUGGUUUGGUCGACAGGAUGGCCGAGUACGAUUAUAA